AUGAGACUUGUGGGACUCUGUCUGCUCUCCGCCUUGUGGCUCCUGGGAAACAGCCAGGACCAACGUACUGGCCAGGAGUUGCUCCUUGCCAAGCUGACCCCUCCCCAGGACGAGAUGAAGGUCCAGGUCUUGGCCAAGGCCACUCACUAUGUGGUCAAAAACUUCAUUGCCAACAAGAUCAACACGAUGGUGAUCAGGCAGGACUGUAUGGAAUGUCCUGAUGAGUUACUUGACCGUCAAAGCACCAUAGUGGACCAUGUGCUGUCGAAUCUGGCGCCGAAUAUCAGCGUGGUGCUCCACAGCGGCGAUGACCAGGAGGAGACUUCCUGGGACUACACGCUCUUCGUGGUCAACUCCCAGCGAGAGUUCCUGUUUCUAAAAAUCAUCUUCCCGGACGAACUGGUGGAGCGGGAGUUCUAUUUCGUGGUGGUGGUGACACAGUUCCAGUCUCCUGACACCGUCGAGGCAACCGUCGGCAAGAUAAUCGUGGCCAGCCUGCGGUUUCCGGUGAUCAAUGUGGUGGUGGUGGUUCAGACCACCGAUGGCACUGUCGUCUUGUACGCCUACUCGCUCUUCACAACAAACUGCACCAUCGGCCUCACCCUCCUGGAGAUCAAUCAGUUCGAUCCGGUCACCGGAGAGCCUCUCCAGCCCAUGACCUAUCUGUAUCCUGUCCGACAGGGUCACCUGGGGAACUGUGUCCUCAAUGUUACUGCCAACCACAUGCCGCCGCACUUUAUUUACGAAAAGUGGACCGAGGAGCGUAACUCUUAUCCGGAAAACCAGGUGGUGGACCCCAAGGAUGUCUCCGGCAUUGACUGGGAGGUCCUGCAGCUGCUGUCCAAGGCCCUGAAGUUCAAAAUUCAACUGCUGCUGCCCAGCGAGCCGAGCCAGAUCUUCGGCGAGGGUAAUGUCACAGGAAGCUUUGCGCAGCUGGCCGACGGAAGUGCCCAGCUGGCAGUUGGUGGACUGAGCGGAUCGGACAAGCGAAGGUGGCUCUUUUCCAAGUCCACGGUCUACUAUCAGAGCCAGUUUGUGAUGGUCGUUCGUCGGGAUCGGUACUUGGGCCGCUUCGGACCCCUCAUGCUGCCCUUUCGGGGCAAGGUGUGGACCAUGAUUAUCCUGAUUUACGCCACCGCCUUUGUGGCCACCUUCGCCCUGAGCUCACGUUUGCGAUUGCGGUAUUCCUUGGAGAAUCUGUUUCUUAUGACUUUGGGGAAUCCCAUACCCAUGCACAGGUUGCCAGGAACAGGAUUCCUGCGGUAUCUGGUGGCCAGCUGGCUGCUGCUCACCUUGGUCCUGCGGGGCGCCUAUCAGGCCCGUCUCUUCGAUGUCCUGCGCAUGCAGCAGUACCGUCCCCUGCCCAAGGACGUCGCCGGCCUCAUUGAAGACAACUACACUCUGGUCUCGAACGGCUACCACGACUUCUAUCCGUUGCGGAUGACCCGCCGGAUGUCCGAGUCCUUCUCAGCCCGCUUCGACCGGGUCCAGCACGCCGCCCCUGGAGAGCGACUGACAUCCAUUGCGCUGGUCAGCAACCUGGCCUACUGGAACCACCGGCACCGCGACAUAACCCGUCUGACCUUCGUCCCCCAGCCGAUCUACACGUACCAGCUGGUCCUCUACUUCCCGCGUCGCUCCUUCCUCAAGCCGGCGGUGGACCGGAAGCUGAAGCAGCUCCUCGGCGCUGGGGUGAUAGCCCAGAUCGGGCGGAGGUACGUGAACUACCUCUGCGACAAGGACUUGGCCGGCAACCGGGAGCUCCUGCCGCGGAUCACCAAUAAGCUAAUGGGCGGUGUCUACCGCAUACACGCGUUGGUCAUUUUUCUGGCCACCGUGGUCUUUGGCCUGGAAAGGAUCUCCCACAGAUGGAGCUGGUUGACGCGCUUAAUGGAGUGGUUUCACAGGUAUUGA